GCCCAGCCGUCGCCUUGUCGAGUCAUCGCUGGAGAAGAGCACAGAGCUGACGGAGCGGCCGUCCGAUGGCUUGAAAACGGGGGAAUAACUGUGGAUCACAGCGGGUUUAUUGCACCACACAAGCCAAGAGGAGCGAGACGGCGGACGCAGCAGCGGCCUGGAUGUUGACACAGAUAAGGAAAUAGCAUCUUUCGAGUGAGACUGUUGCCUUUUUGGUUGCGGUUGCAGAGCAGGAUACAGACAACACAGAGACAGACAGAAAGAAGUGCCGGAGCCACCGCGACACCAGCGAGCGAACUUGGCUUCUCUGCCCGGUGGGAGGUGUCUGUCUGUCGGCUGUGGCUCUCUGCACGUACCGCUCACUGCGUCGCUGCUCGGACCUUUCUUUUUUUAGGGGGAUACGGUUGUAGCUAAGUUAUGCUUUUGUAAAUAGUCUUUUUUGUGGGCUUUUCGGCAACCAACUGUGGCUUUAAUGUGACGCACUAUACUGACAUUUGUGCUGUGUUGUUGGAGCGGACCCCCACUGCAGAGGAGUUAAAGGCUUUUUUUUAAUCAAGUUUCUACCCUUCAUCUCUCUACGGUACCACAACAGCCGACAUCCAUGUAAAAGUCACACGGAGCGAAGCAGACCGAGCUGGGCCAGGCUAGGCCAGGCUAGGCCUACCUAGCCCUCUGUCUGGCCCCGCCAGGCAGGCCAGCGACCUCUCCAGGAGUCCUACCUUCAACGAGAAGAGAGGGCUUAAGCCUGUUUUUACUUCAACAAACCUCCAAAGUCGAGCUGUAACAAAUUGGACUCUGAUCAUAUUUCAUCUCAUCAGGCUUUCGGAGGCCAUACUGGUCUGUUACGUCUUUAGCCUUUCCAUGUCUUGGUGGUCACUCUCUGAAUGUUGGCAGCAGGAUGGAUUCGGGUGUUGAUUUGAUGGGUGUCACCUCAUUGCAGUGCUUGCACCCUCCCUCCUGUGGCUGCAGUUUGUCCUUUCCCUCCCCGAUCUUCAAGAGAAAGCCCCUUCCUCUCUCCUGGGGCUUCCCCGAGCCCUGUAUGGAAGGGCCUUGUAGGACCUGUAGAUUGUUUUGUUGAAACAGUGGACAUUUCAAAGAGGAAGUAAAAAUCCUUUCUAACAAACUACAGAACACAACAACAGAUUGCCACCUUCACUUGAUUUGAAAGUUUUCUGUUACUCAUCCCUCCUUUUGCUUUUUUUUUCCUGCUGGAGUUUUAUUGGAUGUUGAAGAGCUUUUCAUUUGAGAAAGAAGCUUGCUGGUCGAGAUUUGUCACUGCAUAUUUAUAGUUUAAGUUGAUCUGAUUACUCACAUAAAGAAUCCUUAUUUAUAAGUACAGAAUUCCUUUUUUUUUUUUUUGUAUGGUCUUAGCCUCCGGGAGGAAUGUCUGAAAGCAAUAGCAGCAGCAAAGCAGUGAAAUUCAUUGCCCCGGCCCCCCCUCCCCCCUCUGCCUCCCCCUGUCCCUCACCUCAGACCCCCCACAAGAAUGUGAACGGCUCUGCCAGUUCAGACACGCACGUGGUGGAGAAGCUCGGCGGACACCCGGAGGUCCGACGUCGGCGCCACACAAUGGAUAGAGACUCCAAAACAGCCGAGCACCGCUUCUUCCGCCGAAGCGUCAUUUGUGACUCCAACGCCACGGCUUUGGAUCUGCCCAGCAAAGCGGCUGUGAUACUCACCUCGCCUCCUGACUGUGAGGGCCCUCCCACCUUGUUCCCUCCGCAGCCCUCGGGGCCCGGACCUGGGGUACAAGACGCUGACAGUCAGGAGGCGCUUAGAGGUCCGUAUUUGCAAAGCACAACCCUUCAGCCUAGUCUCGGGCUUGACGGGGCGGUUUCGGAGGGGCAAAUACAAAACGCUGAGGAAGAUUUAAACGCGAGCAGUAUCACGGUUGCUGUUCCCACCAAUAACAGUGUUGAACAUAGCGCAGACAGGGCGGUAAAAGAGCCCAGCCCGACAGUAUUGGAUGUUACAGACAAAACAGUAGAAAAACAGCCUGAUGUCACAUUGCGUCCCAGAGGGUCAGAGGGCACGCAAGAGGUGGCGAAAGACAGAAAAGCGACAGAACAGGUCGAGGAGGGUAGCGUUAGCAGUCCGACCGAGGAGAAGGAGAGGGAGAACGAGCUAGCGAAAGCGCGGGCAGAGCAGAGAGAGGCCGAGAAACGAGUGCAAGAGGAUAUAGAGGAGGUGGAGACGAAAGCCGUAGGGACUUCACCCGACGGACGCUUCCUGAAAUUCGACAUCGAGAUCGGAAGAGGGUCGUUCAAGACGGUGUACAAGGGACUGGAUACAGAGACUACUGUGGAAGUGGCAUGGUGUGAGCUACAGGAUCGUAAGCUGUCGAAGUCGGAACGUCAGCGCUUCAAAGAAGAGGCCGGGAUGUUGAAGGGUCUCCAGCAUCCUAACAUUGUCCGCUUCUAUGACUCCUGGGAGGGACCAUGCAAAGGAAAGAAAUGUAUUGUUCUGGUCACUGAGCUCAUGACGUCUGGCACGCUUAAAACCUACCUGAAGCGUUUCAAGGUGAUGAAAAUCAAGGUUCUGCGUUCGUGGUGCAGACAGAUCCUCAAAGGCCUUCACUUCCUACACACCAGAGCUCCACCCAUCAUUCACAGAGACCUGAAAUGCGACAACAUCUUUAUCACAGGACCCACGGGGUCGGUCAAGAUAGGAGACCUGGGGUUAGCCACGCUGAAGAGGGCCUCCUUCGCCAAGAGCGUCAUAGGUACCCCAGAGUUUAUGGCUCCGGAGAUGUACGAGGAGAAGUAUGAUGAAUCCGUAGACGUCUACGCCUUCGGGAUGUGUAUGUUGGAGAUGGCUACCUCAGAGUACCCCUACUCUGAAUGUCAAAACGCUGCCCAGAUCUACAGACGAGUUACCAGCGGAGUGAAGCCUGGCAGUUUUGACAAGGUAGCCAUUCCUGAGGUAAAGGAAAUCAUAGAGGGCUGCAUCAGAACGAACAAAGAUGAGAGGUAUGCUAUAAAGAUCCUGUUGAACCAUGCAUUCUUCCAAGAGGACACUGGGGUCAGGGUUGAACUGGCAGAAGAGGAUGAUGGGGAAAUGAUCGCAAUCAAACUCUGGCUCAGGAUAGAAGACGUCAAGAAGCUCAAAGGAAAAUACAAAGACAACGAAGCCAUCGAGUUCUCCUUUGACCUGAACAAAGAUGUCCCUGAAGAUGUGGCCCAGGAAAUGGUUGAGUCUGGCUAUGUUGCUGAGGGUGACCACAAGACCAUGGCCAAGGCUAUCAAGGACCGCGUAUCUCUGAUCCGGAGGAAGAGAGAACAGAGACAGCUGGUACGAGAGGAACAGGAGAAGAGAAAAUUGGAGGCGGAACAACAACAGCUGCAGCAGCAACAACAACAACAGCAGCAGCAACAACAACAACAACAACAACAACAGCAACAAGAAACACUCAAAACUUCACACACACAGGCAGAGACAGAGGAGACUGAAGUGGAGCAGCAGCAGCAGCUUCACUAUCAGCAGAGCGGCAUCUCGCACACAUCUGAAGGAGGCAUGGACAGCGGCCAGGGUUCCUCGGUGUUCUCCUCAGACUCCCCCCACCUGGGUCAGCUGACCAUGUCGUACAGCUGCCCCCCUUCCUCCCAGCCCCCCUCCCAGUCCCAAACCCCUUACCCCUCUGCCCCCUCCGCUACCCUGCAGCAACACCCGGCCUACGCCCAGCCGCCGCAGCCAAUGCCUGCGUCGCGCCGUCGUCGAAGUCGUAGCAUGUCUGUUUGCGUCCCCCCUUCCUCCUACUCCUUUUCCUAUGCUCCUCCGCCCCUGGCUGUUCAUCCAAAGCAGCCCUCCACCCCUCCUCCAGACCUAUCCUCCUCAUCCUCCUACACCACCACCACCUCCCCCUGCAUGCCUCUCGCAGCUGAGAGGGACACAUUCGCUGGGCGCCUCUCCAAAGCCCUGGAGACAGUCCUACCCCUUCACUCUGCCUCCUCUCUGCCCAGGGCCAGGCAGCGGAGGGCCAGCCUACCGGCCCUGUUCUCCACCCCUCAGCAUUCAAUGCCGCACCCCUACAGUGGAGGAGCAAGCACAGGAGGAGGAGCAGGAGGGAGCAUCCCCCUCCAAACUCUCCCCGACCCCCCUACUAUUUUCUUCCCCUCCAUCCCCGAGCGCCCCGUUUCCUUCUCGCCUCCUCCCACUGGCCCUCCAAAGGCCUACAACACCCAACGACGCAAGAGCACAUCCAUUCUCGAGGCACAUACCCGACACUUCCAGCCUGCCUACCCUCGGUAUGGGAGCAGCCUGCACCCCUUUUCUGGGAUGGAGGGUGUUGAGACCCCCUCUCUCUUUAUGGUCAAUCCCGGAUUUGCAGCUGCUGCUCAGAGACUUGGCGUUGGGGAACCUGUGCAUCUCCCAGGACAAUCUGACCCAAGUUUGUAUGGCUAUAAAGACAUGAGAGCAGAACAUGAGGAAGCAGUGAGGAGAUUAAGUCUAAAUCAAGCUGCCUUAUUGGACCAUUAUGAAGCAAUGGCGUAUGGAGGAUACCCAAUGACUGCACACCAGCUUGGACACUUGAGUUUCCAUCAGCAGAGGCAAGCAGCAGCUGCGGCUGCAAGUUUGGGCUUUGAUCCCGGACCUCCACCUCAACCAGGGUUCUUGCACCCACACAUCAUGCAAAGAAUGAGUGCACACAGUCCAAUCCCUCCACCUUUACCUGCUAUGAAUGCAUCUACUGGUGGCGCUGUUUCUUCUUCCUCAUCUGAUGGAUGCUAUCUGCCACCACAGCACACUUCCCCUUCCGCUUUUCCUAUUUCUGCACCUCCAGUAAUGGGCGAAGCCUCACCAUCUACUGGAAGUGUUUUUGAGUUCCAUUUAGCUGCAGCCGCUGCAGCUGCUGCUGGUGAUCCAAACCUCCUGGCAUCCAGGCUUUACCGGGCCCGAAGGAGCUCCAUGGACCUCCCUCUAGACGACAGCACUGGAACAGGAUCAGGUGGCUCCGGCACGUAUAGUCGACUCCAGCCAGUGACAGAAGAGCUGUACACAUAUAUCAGUCCUGAGCUCCCCUUACCUCCAGGAAGUCUUCUCCUUCAUCACACAGGUGUAACCGUAAAAGACAGAAGCCCAGAACCAUCUAGUGACUCUCUGGCCUCCUCUGAUGCAGGAGAGUUCCAGUCACCUCCUCCCCCACCUCUCCUCCCUCAAUUCGACUCCUCAGCCGCUCAGUCCAUCCCUCACUCGUCCUCCGCUGCGCUCUAUGAUCCAUCAGGCGGAGUGCCUCCCAUAGAUAGCCAUGGACAUCCACCCUCCAUGCAGAGCUUUCUCCCUCCCACCCCAUCCUCCGAGCUCCCACUUGGGGGAGCGUCAUCAACUCAGCUGGAGUCUCUGAUCCAGAGUGUCUGGGCCCGACAUGGAGGGGUGGUACCAGCCCAACCUGAUAUGACAUACCAUGAGUCAUUGCUGGCCAUGCAGGCCACUAACCCCACUCUGCAGAUUCAAGCUUCUACCCCACAGCCAAGUCCAGGACCCCCUCUGGCCACCGCCACCUCCCAACAAGCUGCCCCUGGAACCCCCCAACAGGUUAUGUCGUCCAGUCAGUCUAACAGUUCAUCAGUUCAGAGCCCCACCCACGCGUCCUUAACGCAGACAUCUGCACAGUCUGCCUCUCAGUCUUCAGAGCUGUGCCAGUCCCAGCUACAGCCACCUCAAGUUCAAUCAUCUAUAGAGAGUGGCCACUCUGAGACGUCGGGUCUGAGUGACGGCAACGAGGGUGGAGGGGGAGGUCGUCAUGAAGGGCGCUCCACCAAGCGACACCAGAGACGCUCUGUGCGAAGUCGAUCGCGCCAUGAGAAGAUCUCCAAGGCGAAACUCAAUGUUCUCAAUAUCUCCAAUCGAGGAGACAGGGUAGCGGAGUGUCAGCUGGAGACCCACAACAGGAAGAUGGUCACCUUCAGGUUUGACCUAGAUGGAGACAACCCUGAGGAAAUAGCCCAGAUUAUGGUCCAGAGUGAGUUUAUCCUGGAGAGUGAGCGGGAGUCGUUCAUCGAGCAGGUCAGAGAGGUGAUAGAGAACGCUGAUGAGAAAGGCCUGGAGAGGGACGCAAACAGCAAGACCGCAGGUGACAUGGCGCAACAGAUACCCGCUAUAUCUGUCCCCAUGCCAGACAUCCCUCCCAGUGCAACGGCACAAGUGGUCCAUUCAGCAGGUCGCAAGUUCAUCGUCAGCCCCGUACCCGAAGCCAGGCUGAAGGAACAAAUCUUUCCUCCUUGUCCCUCUCCUGCCUCUGCACCUCCUGUUGAAACAAUUCCUCCAGCUUUAGCUCAAGCUCCGUCUCAUACUCCAGGCCAAGGUUUGGGGUUGUCCCAGUCUGCAGGAGCGAUCAGCUUACAACAAGCCUUCAGUGAGCUCCGACAGAACCAGAAUCAGUUUGACCCAGGACCCAGCACCGCCCCAGCCUCCAUCCACUCCACCCAUCCUCCUCUACAGCCUCCAGUGGCUUCUGUACCUUCACAGGCCAGCACCAUCAGUGGAUCUGCUCCUACUGUGGACCCUACCGCUGGACUUGUCCCUUCUAAUUUAAACCAGGCACAGGAGCAGCUCCUGGAUUCCUCCACCCCCUCCUCUGUGCCCCCUGUCUGUCUCAAGCCUCCUGGUUCCUCCUCCCCUCCUUCCACUGUGGUGAAUCAGUCCAUCCUUCAGUCACAGGUACUUUCACAGACAGUCAUACAGGCUGUGUCCCAACCUCAGGGACAGGGGCAAGCACAAAUUCAGCCCCAGGCUUUCACGCAGCCUCAGUCCCAAGCAACAGUUUCUGCUGUCAGUGCUACUUCAGUACCUUCCACUUUACCACCGGCCAGCAUCCCCCCAACAAUGCUAACCUCCCCUCCAUCCACCCAGACUGUUCCCCUUGUAUCCUCCCCUCCCUCCUCUUCCACCCUUCCAGCCAGUGACGUCCCCUCCGAUCAUCCCUCAGUCAAAUCUCCCAUCUCUUCUACUACUUCUCUCACUUCCCCUGUCGUCCCCACGACUGCCAUCCCGGGCCCUCAGCUUACUCCCUCUACUGCUUCCCACCCUACUGCCCCUUCCUCCGCAUCCUCUGUGGGGCUCCAGCCAGUGACCACCAACAUUCCUUCAGUUCAACCAACCCUGGUGCACUCCCAGCCACAGACAGCAGUACUGCCUGGGCAGACACACACUCACUGUGGGGAAUGUGAUGCAAGGUGUGAGGCAUCCACUGAGUCCCAAGGCAAACCGGAUGAUAUCCAAGCUCUGGAGAAGAAGCUGCGGUCUCUCUUCAUGGACCUUGGUGGAGGGGUGUCGUCCACCCAGGGAGACCUGCUAGCGACUGACCCUACCUCUGGAGCCUCUGUUGGAGGUACCUCAUCCCCUAUGGGCCCCUGUUCUACCUCCACCACAUCUGUCACCACACCUGGCUCCAGCCAGCCAACCAAUCCUCUUCAGCCCCCCUCCAGCCUUGCGCUGGGGUCACUGGGGUCACCUGCCCCAAUCCAGGGCCCUGGAACACCUAUUUCCACCCCUGCACAGACUGUCAUCCCUGCCUCAUCCUUUGGCCAGACCACUCCAUCCAAAGCCCCCUUAUCCAGGGUUCCGGCCAGUUCUCCUCCUUCAGAACUCCUGCCAUCCUUCCCUGGACCUUGUCUAAUACAGUCCCAGCAGCCUCUAGAGGACCUAGACGCUCAGUUGAGGAGAGCGCUGAGUCCAGAGACUGUUCCUGUCAGCACACACUCACAGGCUUCUCACGGUGGCAUAUCUACAGUGGGACAAGCGAUUCCCUUUUCUCUGGAGGAAGAAAAUAUGUCCUCUCCUGGUCCUCCUCCUCAAGGUGGAAUUAAACUGGGGAGAUUUCAGGUUUCAUUGGCCACUGAAGAGCCUCCUGUACAACGGCCGGCCUGCACUGAAUCUUCCACCACCUCCUCCUCUUCGUCCUCUUCUUCCUCGUCCUCCUCCAGUCUCUCCAGCCCGGAGAACACACUGCACAAGGACUCCACGUCUCCUCUGAGAGGGGGAGGAGGAGGACAAGGUGGAGACGUUGUGGAUGGACUCCCCCAAAGGACUCUGGGAGGGUCUCAUCACCCUUCCCCUUUCACUUCCCCCUGCCCCUCCCCCAAGGCCACCACUACCAUCGGACGCUUCCAGGUCACCACCAACGCCGAGGCCCGUGUUGGCAGAUUCUCAGUCAGUCGGGCCCAGGAGCAGAGCCUGGAGUCCAAGCAGAGUCCUCCCCCCACUGCCCAGGCUGCUAAUGGGCCCAGGGAUCCCGGGCAGGUUCUGAGUCCAGAUUCCACUCAUAAAGCCUCUCUGCCCAGUCUAAACAACAACUCCUUCAAUAACUCCUACAUCAGCAGUGACAACGACUCCGAAUUUGAGGAUGAAGACUUCAGACGGGAAGUCAACCGCCUCAGAGAAAAGCACAUGCGUGAGAUUCAGGCCCUCCACUCCCGCCAGAAGGAAGAAAUCGACUCUCUCUUCACCAGGCUGGGAAAGGUCCCCCCAGCUGCAGUGCUCCCUCCAGUUAUAACCUUGACUGGCAGGAGGAGGCGACCUACCAAAAGUAAAUCCUCCAAAUCGUCCAGAACAAGCUCCACGCACGGCAGCAAGAGUCCAUUACAGCCAGGCAGCACUUUAUCCGCCCAGAGCGUCCCAACCAUGUACCCCGGCCAGCUGGCUCUGUUAGCCCCAGGAGGAUUAGCCGAUUCGGGCAGCAGCACUCUGCUCCAGCCCCUCAAACCCUCUCCCUCCAGCGACAACCUGUGUUCGGCCUACACCAGCGAGGCAGCGCUCUCUGUGCCCAGCUUGUGUGCUCCCACCCCAGGGACCAGUAGCACCAACGCAGUGAGCGGUUCAGGCGGUUUGGGUCAGAGCCAGGGGGGCUCUCAGUGUCUGCCUCCCAACAUAUCAGCCCCCCACCAGAGGAAAGGAACAUUCACUGAUGACCUCCAUAAACUGGUGGACAACUGGGCUAGAGAUGCCAUGAACCUCUCACAGGGUAAGAGGAGUGCCAAACAGCUGCAGCAGGCCCCAGCGCAGGGACACAGCUACGAGGCUAUCCAGUCAGCCAGUCUGGGCAGGAAGUACUCCGCUCCCAGCCAGCUGUGCCCGAGCAGCAUCGGAGGUUCAGCCCACCUCCCCACAAACCCCACCUCCGCUACCUCUUUAGCCGUCCGCAAGGGCUCCCUGUGCCACCCCCCUGCCUCCUCCACUCCACCCCAACCCCAACCUCCCCAGUUCAUCCACUACACCCCCACCGCCGCCUACAGCGCACAGUGGUCCGGACCAGCUCACGGCCUGUCGAACCAACACCAGGCGCCGACGCAACCCGGGCCUCUGCUGGUCAGCACCUCCCAGCCCCUGGGCCCCUACCCCGCCACGGUUGGCGGACAGGGCCAGAUACCCGGGCAGGGGCCGCUCCAGGCUUUCCAUCUGACCAACGCUCUGCAGAAGUCAGUCAGCAACCCAGGAGGACCCAACCUGAGGACCACGUAGGGCUUGGGGUGAGGGCUUGUUUAAAUCAUGGCCCAACUGGACUGGAGUGCUUUGGGCUAGAUCGGCCGGAGAGGAUGGAAGAACCGGAGGAGCGCGCAGAGCGAGGAGUUUUAAUUUACAGAAACUGACCUGACCAAGAGGUGAAAAGAAAAAAAAAAAAAAGGAAACGAAAAGAAGAGGAGAGAGGAAAUCAGGAAUGCGACGUGGGUCCACCUCCACAGUUAGCGUGAUGCAUCUCGCCUCUGCUUCCAUCCACGUGUGUGAGAAGCUGUCACAAACGCAGUCACACAAUCUCCCUUUCUGCUGCGUUCGUGGGCUUGUCACAGCCAGCCAAAUGCUUGAGUAUAAAGGAAAAGACUCAAGAGUGCAAUGUUAAAAUGGCCAAAGAGGUUUUGACAGGGUGUGGGACUGGUGUUAAUAACUGUUUGUGUGUGAGGUAAUGUGUACGGGCUCGGCUUGGUCACACUUGUUCCAUUUCGUGCUCUAAAUUGAGUGAACUAGUCUGUACAUGGAAGGGUUAGGAGGAAGGGGAGAGGACAGGUUGAUGAUAUUGUGAAAAUGGAGAAACUAAGAGUGUUGAAGAGAUAUUUUGGGCUGUUUUGAAACAAAGAUAGCAGAGUAUGAGGAAACUGUUCAAAGGAGGAAAACACGCAAAGGGGAGAGGUUACAUCAGGUUUAGGGGGAGAAAUUUCGUGGCCGGCUUUUACAAAACCUCCUUUAGCCCUUGUGUCCACACAGCACCUCUUACAGCUUCUUACAACAGCAAAAAAAGUUUGAAAAGCUGUUUUUUGGUUGUCAGCAGCCUUCUUUUGCUAGAAGUAUAAAUAAUAUUUUGUACUUUCUAGCUUUCAGCAUUUUAAGCACUAAAAAUGUUCUCAAGCUCUCAGAGCAGAUAGGAACAUGCAACAGUGCACUUUUUCCAUAAAAUGUAAGGUGGAAACAAUGUAGGCAGUUCAUAAAGAAGUAACUGGUGGACACAGAAGGGAUCAUAGCUGGCCAUCACAUUAGCGUUGUCUUGCUUAGUGCUCAGUGUCAAACAUCAAAGGCUCUAUCACUCUGAAAUCAAACAGCGGCAGCAAUUUGCAUCAUUAAUGCUCACAAAGAAGGAUGCAAAUGGCAGCAGAUGAAAGCUUUGAUGUCAGGUGAGAGAGCAGCAUUUGGUUUGAGUUCAGGCAGUGUUUUUUCUUCAGUUUUCAGAAUUUUUGUAACCGGGAAUUCUCCUCAAAUUCGUUCAAAGCACAGAAUCGAGAACAAAUCAAGAACAAAGCAAACAAAUUGAGAUUUUGAACGUUCGGGAGGGGAAACUGAACUCAAGCCUGUUUAAGAGCAGGUAGUAGUCUAGCGCUCGGCGACUUGAGAAAACCCGUGACAGCCGCUCCUCUGUUACCUCCUGUGUCUUGUUCCUCCCUCAUUCCUACAAAACCAAUCAAAGAGAUGAAGAGAGGUGGAGAUAAGAGAGUAGAUGAAGAGUGAAACAAGCGUUUAUUCAAUAACAGUCAGACACCUCAUCUGUUUCCUGUUACACUGCUUACACCGCUGUGUGCACCAUUGCUUAGAGUACUGAAUGGACAUGACAGAUGCUUCUGCAUACCAAAUGCCUCUCGACCAAUCACAACUCCAUCUCUUCUUCCAUCCCUCUCUCCGCCUCUCUGUUGCCAUUUGAAGCAAUAACAACAGAAACCUUUUAGAGGAGAAAAAAAAAAAAAAAAGCCCAAACAUGAGAGAACUCAGCGUGAAAAAGUGGCCUUGUUAUCAGAAUAAUAUCAGAGUCCCUGUACAGUUUGUGUCGCUGUUUAUUUUUAAGAGUGUCAGCUAUGAUGAUUCCAUUUUAUUGUUUUAUUUUUGGUUUUGUUUUGUUGGGUUUGUUUUUGCUCGCUGCCCCCCAGCUAGCAAUCUGAUACACACACACACACACUCACACACACAAUGCAUGAGACAUUCAGAUAAAUACACAGACCUGCAUACACACACACACAGUCAUGCACAGACUUAUGUAAAUACAAACACACACACACACAUACACACACACACACAGUGUUGGAGGCGUAGCAGCCUUUUAACCAACAUAGAUCUAUAGACUAAUGCCUCAGUUCUCAGUGUCAUCAUUAGGUUGGUUUCAUCAUUUGGAUUGAAAUGAUUGCAAUGUACAUUAUUUUCAUCAUUAUUGUUGUUAAUGAUUAUUAUUCUAUUUAAAAAGAAACAAAAAACAAAAACGUGUUCUGUCGAUGGACCUGUUAUACGCGCACAUCGGUGUACGAUGUGGAAACACUGUGAUUAUUGUUGUUUAUUAUUAGCAAAUGUUGUUGGACAACAUUAGUUUUAGGGUGAAAUGUCACAUAUUAAAAAAAAAAAAAAAAGCAUACGGAGAACAGUUUGGGGUCCUUUCACUUUCAAUUCACUGCUUUCCGCAAAUGAAUUGUCACCAAAAUGUGAAAAUUAAAAAUAAAAACCCUCUUCUUCAAUAAUAGUCCUUACAUCCAGUUACUAAGGACAUAAUCACAAAAAUAAUGCCUUACCAAUAACUAUUCAACCGCAGUUUCAGUUCAUCUUUAUACUGUAACUGAUUGAAUUGAAAGUCGAAACUGACCUCCAAGCCCAAUUACAAACAGGAGUGAACGGCAGGAUAGUUGAUAUUUAGAUAAUAAAGUAAUGCUAGCUAUUUUUUUUUCUUAAUACAGUACUUAUAUAUCAGACACUUUAAAAUAGCCCUCCUCUUCCCUUUUCCCCCUGGUUUUGUUAGAUGAAUGUGAAUGUAUAAACCAAUGGUGUCCAUUUUAUUGUACUUGAAAAAAAAAAAAAGUCUGUCUUUUUAUUUUCUUUGCUCUCUUUGCUUCUCCCCCCCCUCCGACCUCCCUAGAACCUCUGGUGUGAACACUGGAGGUACUUACUAGUGCCUUGCAUCCUUCCUGUUGCUUCUUCUUUCGUCUGGGGCGGGGUCGAGGAACUUGGGUUAAAGUAAGCACACUUGACAGCGUGUGUGGAGUGACUUUGAAGUCGGCGGUGAUGACUGGACUUGGUGUUUAGUGGAGCGGGCGUGCAGGAAAAUAACGGCUUGUUGGUAGCUGCUACUGUGUUGCGGUUAAGUCUCCAUGAUUUGUCUCUUGAAUUUCUGUUUUUGAAUUGAUAGAAAGAUGAAUUGACUCUUACUCUGCUGCCAUUGAAGCCAAUAAAACGGACCGCCGGAGUGAGAAAGAAUCAGAAAAAGCAUCAUUUGAAGUCAGCGUGGAGUGUCUGGCAGAUGCGUGCUGUGCUUUACUUACGCACGAGGUCUGACGGUGCGUCUAAGGCCCGGUUACACCACCAACAGGAUGAAAGAUGGAGAGAACACCAGAGUUUAUCAGUGCCAUUUUUUUCAGGGUUUUAAAUGUAGAUACGGGGGAAAAGGGAGGGGAAAUAUUUUUUCAUUUUAAGGAGGAAGUUGAUGAGGAUUGUAUUUGAAGCUUGGACCACUCUGUACUUAAGAGGCACAGGUGCAGCAUUAAUACAGCAAACUUGAAGAUAUAUUCUUUUAAAUGGUAACUAAUCUCUAGCGUGAUACGGAUUUUAUACGUGGAAAACAUAAAUCUGAGGCAAAUGAAAUGAAACAAAACACCUUGAAAUCAAUAGAGUGAGGUUAAGAGACUCCUCUGAGCUUUAUGUUUCAAUACUUUAAACUCUGUAUCUACGAUAGCUGGACAAAAAAAUGUAGCAGGGGUCACGAUAUUCUACUCUGUCAGUUGAAUUGGGAUUAAUGUUUCUUUUGGUGCACAACUUUUGUUAUUGUACAGUCAAGCGUAAGUGCAGAAAUCUCACUAACUGCACCAUGGCACAUCUACUUUAAACUCCAAUAGAUUUGCAGUGAAAUGACCAUAACUGAAAUUGACCACAUACAGAGAGAAAGUCCAGCCCCAAAGCGAGCAUAUAGAGCCAUGUCCACAUGCACAAAUAGAAUAUGUUACUAUGCGUUUACAGAUUUCAUCAAAAAAAAGCAAUUAUGAGGCCAGCAGCACUGUACUGUCCUUUUUAACAGAUUUAAUUGGGAGUGACUCCUCAUUUGAGAAUUGCUGCUACUGGGCAAAAAAAAAAAACAUGCAUCUGCAAAAGGUAUGAAUAUUUUGUCAUCCACUCCGAUUCCCAUUGUAUGUUUCUGAUGCUGCACCGUCGGGGUUAAAACAGGUUUCGUUCAUGGCCGUGUAAGCCAAAAAUGUAAGAAUAUGUCUAACCUGCGGGCAUCACAGUGCAAGAGGUGGUGUGGGUGAUGGUGGUUAUGAUUGUACUGUGAGUGAUGAUGGAGGUAAAAAAAAAAAAAAAAAAGUGAUGGAAGUGAUUGGUUUUAGAUUCAAGGCCUUGACACCCUUGCCCUCCUCUUUUCUCGUUUUCAUUUGUCAGUGCAAAUGAAACAUAUCUGGUACAAACUUUGACAUUCACUUAAAAACCUAACAUCUUCUCUUUUUUUUUUUUUGCUGGGAAUGGGUGUUCUGGGUUCAAAUAAAUACACGAAGCGGUUACUUUGUAAAGUUUGUACAAAAAAAAAACAUAGCUUUUGGCUGUUUUUUUUUUGUGAUAUUUUCCAUUUCUCAUGAAUAACAAUGCAACAUUUUUACUACUAGGCAAGUUUGGUUGAAGCUGUGAAUAAUCAUUGAGCCACUUUGCUUUAGUUCUGGUCAUGAUCAUCCUUGUUUAUCAUGAUUUGUUUAAAAGAAGUCAAAACCUUUAAUGAUGCCACCAACUCAGUGCCAUUUGACUUUUUGUCAGUGGAAAGGAAAACAUCAGAGGUGAAGAGUUUAAAAGAAAAAAAAUGAGAGUGUAUUUACCUGCUUUUUACUCACUGGAGCUGUUUUGCUUGCCAGGUAACAUCCUGGGUUUUCACUUUGCGAUUGCUCGAGCCUCAAAUGAUUUCCACAGUAGAAAUUUGAUAAUAAUUUUGCUGUCUCUCUUCUACAUACAGUAUAUACUAUGAAAGGAAUGCCUUCUGUGUAAUGGCUGCAAUGCAAUAUUAUUUAAAGUUACAGUAUGCUAUCAAGCUCUGCGGUUACAGUUGGGUUUGACGGUUACACCGAUGCUGGAGGACUGGUGUGAAGUUUUUUUUUUUGUUUUUUUUUUUGGAGUUGUAGUGGAGGACUGUUACUGUGAAAGGCUCAAGAGGUAUCCAGUGUGGGCGCUCAUAUUGUGAGGUUUCCUGAAGUUAAAGUGGAGAAAGGAGGAUACUUUUUCUUGUGGCACGUACAGUGUAGCAAUAGUUUUUAACUCGCUCACAUUUAGAAUCAGUUUCUGUUGGUGUUUUUGCCUGUUUCAGGACUCGCUUACCCUUUAUGCUUUUUACUGUAGAAGUGCCCACAUGUAAAGAAAAAAAAAUGCCUUUCAGUGCACCAACAGAUCAACACACACACACACACAUGUCCACACAUAUACAUACAGAUUCAUUCAGUGCAUCUCCUUGCUGUUUCAUGUAGCUUGCUCCUGUGGAAUGAUGUCGAGUCUCGAGCACAGCAACAGUUUCUUCAGACUGUUACUGCAGACUUUUUUUCUUCUCAACAUGUUCAUUAUAUUUCUAUUCUCUCUGAUCUUCUCACGUUUUUAUUCUUUAUUUCUCACUUGUUUGAUCCGCAGUUUUAAUGUCUCUAGCGGCACCUAACUUAAGUGGUUUCAUUUUCUGUAUUGUAUUUGACGUUGUACAAAAGUGGUUGAAUUAAAAUAAAAGCAACACAUGGAUGAAUGAAUGAAAGAAAAAACAAAAAAAUACACGUAGGGAGUCAUUGGCAGCCUUUAACGGUAUGUUUUGCACUAAGUAUAGAGUGUUCAAGCUUCAUAUUAAAAAGAAACUUUGCGCUUUGCGCUACAAUACAAUGGAAUUUGUUACUUUAUUUGUAAAAACUUAAUAAAUAAAAGUUGUUUAAAUGAA